UGAUGUCAUCAUCAUCUGCUCUGCAGCCCGGCCAAAGCGGAUUGCGAGGAAGCAGAUAACACUUCAAUGGCUUCCUUCACCUCUCCGACUUCACUCUCCUUCUUCUCCUCUUCCCUCUUCGUUCCCUCUUCCCACAAGACCGUAAACUCGCUCUCACUCUCGAGACCCGCCAAGUCCUCUCUUUACCCUUUCACCAUCCGCUCCGAGCUCACCACCCUCCCUAUCCUCUCCUUCACCGGUGAGAAGGUCGGAGAGACCUGCCUCGACCUUAAGUCGGCUCCUCCGGAGACCGCCCGCGCCGUCGUCCACCGCGCCAUCAUCACCGACCAGCAGAAUGCCCGCCGUGGCACCGCCUCCACCCGGACCCGGGGCGAGGUCCGCGGCGGUGGCAGGAAACCUUACCCACAGAAGAAGACCGGAAAGGCCCGCCGCGGGUCCCAGCGGACCCCUCUCCGCCCGGGCGGUGGGGUAAUUUUCGGCCCCAAGCCCCGAGAUUGGUCCAUCAAAAUCAACCGCAAGGAAAAGAGACUUGCCAUUUCCACUGCACUCAGCAGCGCUGUUGAGAGCAUGACUGUCGUGGAGGAUUUUGGCGAUAAGUUUCCAGUCCCGAAGACGCAGGAGUUCACAGCGGCGAUGAGGAGGUGGGGAAUCGACCCGAAGGAGAAAUCCAUGUUCUUGAUGACACAGGUUGCAGACAAUGUGAAGCUUUCGAGCAGGAAUAUCGGGACUUUGAGGAUGCUGACACCGAGGACGCUGAAUCUGUUUGAUAUAUUGAAUGCAGAAAGGUUGGUGCUAACCCCUGCGGUGGUGGAUUUUUUGAAUGCGAGGUAUGGGAUGGACUACGAUGGAGAUAGUGAGGAGGAUGGAGAGUUUGAAGAGGGUGAAGGAGGAGAAGAAGACGGAGAAGAAGCAGCGCAAGAAGGAGCUGAAUCUGAUGAGAACUGAUGAUGAAAGGGAGCAAUCAAGAAGGAUUAGCAUCAUCAUACCGUGACUAGAAGAACGGAUGUGCGCAUCGGCAAAUGUACAUGUUACAUCGUAUGAUGUAACUGCAGCGACCAGAGUUGAUUUUUUCUUCGUCAAUUUUCUUUCUUUCUUUUUUUUUUUUUUUUUUUCCAGAUAUCUGUUCUCUAAUCUGAGGCUAUUCUAUCAUUUAGACGUUUGUCGAUGUAAAUUUGAAUGGUAGUUCUAUCCUAUCAAUUCUUGAAUGUUGAUUUGGUUACCUUCA